AUGAAGAAGGGAGCAAUGCAGAAGAGCAAGCAGUGGAAUGUGAAGGGCCUACGGCUGGCGGGAGUCUUUCACUUCCUCCAUUCCUGUGGCUCCGGUUGCCUCCUUCCCUUCCUGACCCUCUACUUCCGGCACCUGGGUCUCAGCGCCACCAUGAUUGGUAUCAUCAUGGCGUCCAAGCACCUGCUCGCUCUGGUGUGGCGCCCGUUCUCCAGCGUCCUCGCCAGACAGUACGACAAGCGGCGGACGGUCAUAGUGGGCUCUCUGCUCAUCUCGGCACUGCUAGCUUUGACUCUUCUGCUUUUCCCGUACACCGUAAUCCAAACUGAAAGUGGACGGUGUAACACUAGUCAACCCGAUGCUGAUCCCACCCCCAUUCUAGAGAGGACGAUGGUCCCAUCUCAAUCAAACGCUACUGUUUACUCAAUAAACCAAACAUCUGUAAGUACCGAAGACCCUGUCGAAGUUACCACACUUGUAAGCUCAAACUGGACAGCACGAGGCCUGAGAUCUUUGAAGAAGCCUGACCAGGAAGAAGAUCCUAACACUGAGUUCCUGGGGAGCCUAAAAGUUAUGGAUGCCCAGCAUCAGAUGUUCUUUCUGGUUCUCAUUGUGAUGGGUUUGUGGGAGUUCAUGGCUGCCCCGUUGGAGUGGACCGCGGAUGAUGGACUCUACGAAUACUUGGAUUUCGUAGACGCCACUGACCACCAUAACGGCGUGAAGGUCUGGAAGCAACUUGGAGCCGCUUUUGGCAACUGUGCAGUUGGAGUUCUUGUCACCAGCCUGUUUUGUCUUACAGGAACUACACUGGAGUUUUACUCCUAUACUGUAUUUAUGAUCCUAACCGUCCCUACAGCCGUCCUGCUACCUAUCUACCUCCGCAAGCGUGAGCGGCCCACUAGUGGAGGCUUUAAGGCACUACAGUUGGUGCAUGGGAACUCGCAGGCAAUACUUUGUGCCGUCACUGUCGUUUUGAUGGGCAUGGUGAGCUCAGCUGUGUCAGAUUUUCUCUUAUGGCACAUGCAGGACUGCGGUGCCACCGAAAUCCACAUGGGCAUCUCUUUAGCCUUGGCGCACUUAAGCCAAACUGGCUUUGCUCUAUUUGCUGGGCGUCUCUCCCGGUUUCUAAAGUACCACGGUUGGUUGCUAGUGCUCGCCGUUGUUAGUUUAGCCCUGCAGUGUCUUUAUUAUUCCUUCCUGUGGGGUCCGUGGGCUGUAAUACCAGCUCAACUGCUGGUGAGCUUCAGCACCGGCGCCCUCUGGUGGUCUGUAACAUCACAAAGCGAAGACAUCGCCACUCCUGGCACCGAAAAGACCAUUUUAAGGCUGUUUGAGGUGCUUUCUCUGGAGUUGGGAGCGGCGUUUGGCAGUCUGGCGGCUGGGUUUGUGGUGCAAAAGUUUGGGGUCCAGAUGCUUUUCCAAGGCAUGGCGGUCACUCUGGCUUUGUGGAGCAGCACUCUUGCCGUACUCAAGUGGAAGAUUCCUCGGCAGCGCCGGAUAAACUACUCACGCCUGCUGGCCGCCGACACUGAGAUUAGCGAGUCUGAGUCAGACCAGGAGAAAGACUGGCUUGAGACGGCUAUGGAAGACGCCAGAGGGAAUAACAAGUGGACAGUGGAUAAAUCUUAAUCAAUGGAAGCAAAGAGUGACUUCUUAACAGAGGGCAAAUUAAAAGAACUACGGUGUUCAGUACACUGAAAAUAAUUAUUUUCUUACUCUGUAUUUUUGUCUUGUUUUGAUGCAUUUACUUGAGAAGUAAUGAUAUAACCAAUGACAUAAGUUUUGCUUUCUAAUAUAAUGUAUCAAAAUUAAGUGAGUUUAUGAUUUAAAAAGAAAUAUAUUUGUCAGUGGAGUAAGAAAAAUAAGUAUUUUUUUAUUUUUAUUUUUUCUUCAGAAAACAACUCAAUAUCUUGUCAUUAUACUCAAGAUGUUAAGUCUUGUUUUCUGGGGAAAAAAAGUAUGUUUAUACUUAAAACAAGAAAAAUAUCUGUCAGUGGGAUAAGAAAAAGAAACAACUCAAAGGGAAUUAUUUUUCUUAUCGCACUGACACCUCAUUAAUGACUUAAUAUCGGAUGUCAUUUUCAAGUAAAUGUAUCUUGAUUUAGUUUUUGAAAUAUUUGUAAUAAAAUCAGACAAAAAAACUAAGUAAGAAAAUCUUUUUUUUUUUUCAUCAAAAUAUCCAUCAUGGAUGAAGUUAUAUAAGUUAAUUACUCUCUCAAGACAGAUAAAGCUCUAUUUGGGAUUAUUUAAGGCUUUGAGAGAAUCAUUACAGCUCCAAUACAGUAUACUUGAAUAUCCCAAAAUGUACAUCAUCUGGGUUUUUCUUUGUGAAGAUUUGUUGUUUUACAGGCCAGCUUUUUCAUAAACUGAUGGACUGGAGAUGAGCUAAUCUGGUUUGGUUGCUUACAGUAAGCAUGUCUUCUCUGCCAAACAAAUAGUGCCUUUUGUUUCUAACAUCUUCACACCCUUUCUUUACCACUCAUUGUUAUGUUUUGCAAAUAUUUGUGAUCUGAAGCUAAGCCUCAGUUGCCUGUUAUGCGGAGACUUUGUUUUUUUAUUUACUGCGCAUGAGGCACUCACAUUUUCCACAAUUAAGUGUCAAUAGCACAGGGGUUUAUUGAAGAAAAUCAUAAUAAAAGUAUCUAAUUUCCAGUUUAAGGUAUUGGGAACACUUGACUUGCAAAUGAAUUUGCCAAACCUGUAUUGAGAAAAAAAAAAAGCUUCCCAAACUUGUUCUUGAGUAAAUUUUCCUGUACAGCUUGUAGAGCAGUUUGUAGAGUGGCAUGUUUGUGAAAAGAGAGAGAGAGAGAGAGAGAGAGAGAUGGGAAUAAAUAUUCUUAACAUUUCACUGUUUGAAAUCAAAACAUGUCUGUUAAAUAAUUUCAUCUUUCAACAAAUGCAUAAAGUCAAGUUUUCGUCAUUUUGUCUAAAUGUCUUGAUACGCUCUGUAUCGUAACGAGUGGUAUACUUUGACCCAGCGUUAAUCAUUUUAUGGUACGUAAUCAAUGAGUGUGAAUUUGCCAUGUUGACAUUUCAUGGCAUAGCAAUGUGUCAGUGUUGAUGUUGUUUCCUUUAGAUCAGAGUUAAAGCUCAAAUCUAACAGCAUUGACGCCAGGGUCAGACCACAUAGCUAAAAGUGCUUUCUCCUCAAAGGGUUGCUUCAGAAGCAUAUCUAUCAAUGCAGCCAGGCUGUUAAUGGUUCAGCAAGAUGCCUUCAAAUUAUAACACUUCCUUAAGCUGAAACCCAACCCACACAAACAUUUUCUGAAGGCCUCAUUCUCAGUGCAAACAUACUGUGUGUUUAACUUUUAUAUCCUGACUGUUGACCGGGAUAAACUACUUGUUUUACAAUGCAGAUUAAUUUAAGCACACUUGUGUUAUCAUAGAGGAAAAGCUGUAGCGCUGAUAAAAUGUUUUUUUUUUUAAUAUAACUUGCUGCUUAAUAAUAGUUAGUAAGGUAGUUGUUAAAUUGAGGUAUUGGAUAGAAUUAGGAAUGUAGAAUAUGGUCAUGCAGAAUAUGUGUUUUAUAAGUACUAACAAACAGCCAAUAUGUUAAUAAAAUAGGCAUGCUAAUAAUCAACCAGUUAACAGUAGGAAAUGGUCCCUAUACUAAAGUGCUACCAAAAUAUCAUUUAAAAAAAAAAAAAAAAAAAUCUACUCUAAACAAUGUAAUGACAAAAAGUAUAAAAAAGUAUAAAAAACAUCGCCAAUAUAGUCCAUCUGCCAUCAGUGGUUCAAUCUGAAUUUGAUAAAGCGAUGGGAAUACUUUUUGUACGCAAAGA